AUGAAGGAACAUAUUGUUUUUGGAGGAGAGAAAAUUCAUGGUUCGAAAAUGGCUUCUCUGAGAUCUUUGCAUGCAGUUUGGAAUGCACGUCAUAGCCCCUUGAUUUGUGCUCAGCCUCUCUCUUUCUCUUUCCUACUGAGAAAAAAGAAGAAGAAAGAGGUGGAUUCCAUUCAUCGAUCAUCGAUAGGACAAGCAAACCCAAUCUCCAACCUCCGCGAGAAGCUCCCAAAAACUCAAACCGCGAUAGGUUCAGUUCUUGGAAUUCUGGGGUAUUCUUUGAUUCACUAUUAUCUCCCUGUAGAUGAUCUUGUACUAUCUUUGAGACGGUUACUUAUGGCUGAUCAAAAGUGUAUAUUAACGUUGCCUGUCCCUUCAAGAAGUCACUGGAAGAAAAAAAGUGAUAGCACAGCUCUGAUGAAUAACCCAGGGACACUCAAGUCUUCUAGCUCUGAACUGGAUCUUGAUCGACCAAACAUUGAGGAUUACCUCCCUUCUGGGUCCACCAUUCAACAAGAACCUCAUGGAAAACUUUUCCUGCAUGAUUUACUCAAUAUUUCUCCUACUUUGUCUGAGGCAGCAGGUGCUAUUGUAGAUGACUCAUUCACAAGAUGCUUCAAGUCUAAUCCUCCGGAACCAUGGAACUGGAAUGUAUAUUUGUUUCCUUUGUGGUGUUUUGGAGUUGUGAUUCGAUACUUGAUUCUGUUCCCUAUCAGGGUUAUAGGGUUAACACUAGGAUGGAUAAUAUUUCUUUCAUCCUUCAUUCCAGUGCACUUCCUAUUGAAAGGACAUGACAAAUUAAGGAGAAGUAUUGAGAGGUCUUUGGUAGAGAUGAUGUGCAGUUUCUUUGUUGCAUCUUGGACUGGGGUUGUAAAGUAUCAUGGACCAAGGCCUAGCAGGCGACCAAAGCAGGUUUUUGUAGCCAACCAUACUUCCAUGAUUGAUUUUAUUGUCUUAGAACAGAUGACUGCUUUUGCUGUUAUUAUGCAGAAACAUCCUGGAUGGGUUGGAUUAUUGCAAAGUACUAUCUUGGAGAGUCUAGGAUGCAUCUGGUUCAACCGAACAGAGGCAAAGGAUCGGGAAAUUGUAGCAAAGAAAUUGAGGGAUCAUGUCCAGGGAGCUGAUAACAACCCCCUUCUCAUAUUUCCUGAAGGAACUUGUGUAAAUAAUCACUAUACAGUCAUGUUCAAGAAGGGUGCAUUUGAACUUGGCUGCACAGUUUGCCCAGUUGCAAUCAAGUACAAUAAAAUUUUUGUUGAUGCUUUUUGGAAUAGUAGAAAGCAAUCGUUCACUAUGCAUCUACUGCAGCUAAUGACAUCUUGGGCAGUUGUUUGUGAUGUUUGGUACUUGGAGCCACAAAAUCUGAAGCCAGGAGAGACACCCAUUGAGUUUGCAGAAAGGGUGAGAGACAUAAUCUCAUUACGUGCUGGCCUCAAAAAGGUUCCUUGGGAUGGUUAUCUAAAGUAUUCUCGUCCUAGCCCAAAGCACAGAGAAAGGAAGCAACAGAACUUUGCCGAGUUGGUACUGCGGCGAUUGGAGGAAAAGUGA